AUGGUUGAAGUAAAAAGUGCAAAGGUCAAAGCUUUGGCCGAAAUUCUAUCCAGAGAUCCUCAUUUCGAACGAGUACUCAAAAAUAAUGAUGUGUAUAAGGUUGCAGAAAAGAUAAAACUGGGACUUGAAUACUUUGCAUUCAAAAUCAAAAACGGUUGGGAACGUUACGAUUUUGAGACGUGUAGGAUAUUAUAUGAAGAACAAAGAAGGAUGAAAGCAUGGAAAAAAGGAAAAAAACCAAUUUACGAAAUUGAACCUCAAUCAAAUUCUAUUCCUUCAUAUUCAACUUCUGAUAAUAAUUAUUCGUCAAAUAUAUAUGAAAUGAUAUACGAAGUAGGUGAAAGUAGUGCAAAUGGUGAUUGCAGAUCAAUGCACGAAUUUGAACAUCAGUCAAUUUCCAGUAAUUCAUAUUCAAAAGCAAAGGGUAAAAGGUCGAUGUACGAAGCUUAUGAAGGGAAAGGUAAAAAACCUAUGUAUGUGACCAAGGAAGAUAAGGUAGAUAAAGAGGAUAUGGGAAUAAAGAUUGUUCCUGGAGAAUUUCCUCCAAUGAUAUUUGAUAAUGUAGAGGAUAUCGCUAUGUUUAUACCUGCAACUUCUAAAAUACCAGAACCGAAAUCAACUGCUCCCAUUACCUCGAAAAGAACAAAAUCUAAAAGAUCACGACAAGAAAAACAAGAUGAAAGCUAUGGUUUGCCAUCCUCAUCCAAAGCAGCUAUGACAGCAGCUAUGACAUCCAUUAAAUCAUUAAAUGUAGCUUCGACAAUAACCGCCAUAUCAUCAUCAAAUAUAGCUUCAACAUCAACAAAUGCAAAUAUCAAUGUAUCACCGAACACAUUUCUCUGGAAUGAAUUAUGGAAUACGGCGGCCAAACAAAAUCCGGAAAAUGCGAUCACAUCUGAAUCACCGGGAGAAAUUUUUCAUAGACUCUGGGCAGAACAUAGAGACACCGAACCUGGACCUGCAUUGGCUCCAAUGGAAAUGGAACCACUUGAUAAUUGGACAACAACGGAUUUAAUGUUUUCCGAUAGUAUUCUCUCACAUAUGCCCACUAUUCCGUCGUCGUCAUCAUCUCAAUCUUUACAACCUUUGGCUAAUCUUUUAUCACAUAUGCCCACCAUUCCUUCAUCAACUCAAUCUUUGACCAAUCUUUCUCCUAUGCAAACGAUCAAUCCUACUAAUCCUCAUACAUGGCCAUCAAUCAGUAUUGAGGGACCUCAAGAACCUCCAAGAACUCCACCCCAUCAGAUCAGGUCCGCACUUGAUAAUCAUUCAACUCCUGGUUCCGCUUUUUCAAUAUCAGAAUUUAUCAAUAUGUCACCUGAUAAACCUGAUAAUCAUUAA